UGCUCCUAGUAGUGGAGGUGCCCAGGGCUUUUGAGCUUCCAAGAGUUGCACUCCAUCCUACAGCUGGUCCUGAGGGCAGGAAACUACAUGAAUGCCGCAAGUAGCAGUCAUCUGGCACCUAGACAGCCAAUGGAGCCAGAUAUUGAAAACCAUUAUUCUCUCUUCUUUCCAAAUGUAUUGAGUGCAUGAGUAUGAAUGAGUGGAAGUGGGAGGGAAUGAUCUGAUCGUGUCACACCUUCUGACUUUCAUCAACAGGGAGGUUACACAGGUAAUGCUGCUGGGUUCCGCGUCGCCUCUCUGCUCAAACUCGCUGACAUCAAAGCCAAUCAACCAGACCUGAACCUGUUGCAUUAUGUGGUAAUGACUGUCUGUGGAUGUGGUGCAUGGGCAUCUGUCUCAGCUGCACAGCAGACUAACUGCACUAGAGAUGAGAAUUCAGACAUUCUGCUCUCCAACAGCAAAUCAAAUCCUUUCUGUAGAGCACUGAGGGGAGGCUGGAGGAGGCAGAUGUGGAAGCUCUACUGCAGGCCCAACAGGACCUGGUGGACUUCUUCUGUGAGGAUGAUGUCACGUUCAAGCUGGAGGAGGCCUGCAGCAUCUUUUACUCCUUCAACGUUCGCUUUCAGACAUCUUUAGAAUAGAAUGCAAAGAGGGAUCUUCAGGAACAGAAGUGAGCAGAGGGGGGAGGAUGGAGAGGGACUGGGACAGGACAGGGAGAUGUUGCUCCAUAGCCACCUGUUCAUCACUGGAGAUGGGACCACCACCCCAGACAAAGUCUCAGCAGACUGUGGCUGCUCCCCCCUCUGACCCCAUCAACAGUAUGCCUGCCCAGGAGACCACACCUCCGGUGGACAGCCCACAGUCAUCUCUGGAGAGUGCCCACUGCUACUCACAGUUGAGGGACAAGCAGGAGCAAGACAGCGGCAGCACCCCAGGUCCACAGAGUGGCAGCACCCCAGGUCCACAGAGUGGCAGCACCCCAGGUCCACAGAGCGGCAGCACCCCAGGUCCACAGAGAGGCAGCACCCCAGGUCCACAGAGAGGCAGCACCCCAGGUCCACAGAGAGGCAGCACCCCAGGUCCACAGAGAGGCAGCACCCCAGGUCCACAGAGAGGCAGCACCCCAGGUCCACAGAGCGGCAGCACCCCAGGUCCACAGAGAGGCAGCACCCCAGGUCCACAGAGAGGCAGCACCCCAGGUCCACAGAGAGGCAGCACCCCAGGUCCACAGAGCGGCAGCACCCCAGGUCCACAGAGAGGUCCACAGAGAGGCAGCACCCCAGGUCCACAGAGAGGCAGCACCCCAGGUCCACAGAGAGGCAGCACCCCAGGUCCACAGAGAGGCAGCACCCCAGGUCCACAGAGCGGCAGCACCCCAGGUCCAGGGGGAUAA